GGCCCGUGUUGGUUCCAGCUGACUGAGAGAGAGAGGGAGUCAGAAAGAAGGACGAAAAUAGAGAGAGGUGUGUGUGUCUGUGUGUGUGUAUGUGUGCGUGUGUGAGAGAGAGAGACAGAGAGAGAGAGAGAGAGAGAGAGAGAGAGAAAGGGAGGGAGAGAGGGAGGAAAAUAAGAGCCAUCAGUCUCAUCUAUCUGACUCUCAUACUACUGGAUAUUAUUAUUUUUUUUCGGGGGGGAUCUCUUUAUUUCCAUCAUCUUAUAUUUUGUCGCUCAUAUUUAAUCACAAGUUAUUUUUUUCUAUCUUGGAGUCUCUUCGCUUCGACUGUUUCUAAUCCUCUUUCACUGCAUGGGACUAUACGGCCAUCCGCGUUUGAAUCUGCUUUUAUUUUAAUUUUGCUUUUCCCCCUCCGGAUUAAAAAUCAAGCAACCGACCGACGGACCGGAUCCGAGCGUGAGUUUCCUUUAACAUAAACUCAAAGAGGACUUUACUCGCUGCGAGCUCCAGGAUCCGAUCUGUCUUCCUGUGUGCGCGUUCAUUAUUGCAGAGUUAGUUCAAAGAGGUGACAGCACCAGCAACUCGUGAAGGUUCAGCCAGAACCGAGAGGAUGAAUUAGACUCGGCGAACAUGGUGCCAUUUUGGAGAUAAGUCCCCCCUCUUUUCAUUUUGUAUACCUUUUUCUUCAUGGGACGGGCGGAAAAUCGAGAUUCCAGGUGGAUAUCUUGAACGCGUCACCUGCCCGCGCACCUUUGUGACGACGCGCCUGUCAAUUAGCGUCACUAAUUGGAUUAUUUUGAUCUUGAACUUAGAGUCUGCAGGUUGCUCUUCUCUACCUCCUCCUCCCCUCCCUCACCUCCCACCACCUCCUCCUCCUCCUCCCCCCUUGAAGUUAUGUCAAGGCCUCUCACUCAGCUCUUACCGCCGGAUCUCCCUGCCGGGGCCACCAGCCCCCAGUUUGGGGCCAGCAACCCGGCUGGAAGUGGGACCCAGGGAGGACACCUGACCUCCAUGACCAACCUGAAGACUCUGCUCCAACUGCCAAUCAAGGCCGACCAGAGAGCCAAGGACUGCUGCGAGAUGAAAGAUAAAGAUAAGCCCGCGGAAUCUGAUGAGGAAUCAAAUCAGAGUGUCAUCACGGGAGGGCCUGGUGCUCCCAGUGCGGCACCGGGGGCCCCCGGAGCACCUGGGACUGGCCCGCUGCGUCCCAACUCACAGUCAGCGUUUCUGGGCCCGUUGCUGUGGGAGAGGACCCUGCCGUGUGACGGAGGAUUGUUCCAGCUGCAGUACAUGGACCUGGAGGAGUUCCUAACUGAGAACGGGAUGGGCAUGCACAACAACGGGCCCAGCUCCACCAGGGCCCAGAUCCCCUCCCAGAGCUCCCAGUCAGCGGUGCCCAACCAGAGCUCCCAGUGCCCUCCCACCUCUCCCCCGCCCUGCUCCUCUUCUUCCUCCUCAAUGUCCUCUUCGUCCUCCUCUUCCUCACUGCUGGGACUGGAGAAUGUCCAGCCUCAACCGCCGCCGCCACCGCCCCUGCCACCUCAGCAGCAACAAGGCAUGAUGGGAGGACCUGAGUGUCCACAUGGUGGUCGGGCAGUGCCUCAGGACGCAUCCCCGACAUCCACUACCUGUCCUCCAGGACCCUCUGGAACUCCAGCGGCCGCCAAUGGCAGCAACGAGGUCAUGGUGAACUUUGACCCUGACCCAGCAGACUUGGCGUUGUCUAGUGUGCCAGGACAGGAGGCGUUUGACCCGCGGCGGCACCGGUUCUCUGACGAAGAGCUCAAGCCUCAGCCAAUGAUCAAGAAGGCCCGCAAGAUGCUGGUCCCCAAUGAACAGAAGGAUUUGGGGAAUUCUACGUUUGAAUUUGCAAAUGAGGACGACAAGUACUGGAGCCGGCGCGUCAAGAACAAUGAGGCGGCAAAGCGCUCGAGGGACGCCCGGCGGCUGAAGGAGAACCAGAUCUCGGUGCGCGCCGCCUUCCUGGAGCGGGAAAACGGUGUACUUCGCCAGGAGGUGGCCGACAUGAGGAAAGAGCUGGGCCGCUGCAGGAACAUCAUCAACAAGUACGAAAGUCGACACGGAGACUUGUGAGGCGGCGGCGGAGGAAGAAAAAGAAGACGUCGAAGGAGAUAGGGGCGUGGGGGGGGGGAGGAUGAAAUGAGAAAAGGGUACAAGGCAAACCCAACAACAGCAGCACUUUAGUUGAAGUGGCGAGGGAGGCGGCCGACGUAGAUCUGCACUAAGCGCUGUGCGACACCCGGCGCAAACACGAAACGUGUGUGCACGCUGUGCUUCAGGAUGUCACGAACAGGAAAGCACAGCAACGCCAUCUUUUCUAGUUUGACUCCUUUUUUUUGAACGUGAUGCUUCGCUGGAUUCCACUCUACGUACUGUAUCACCGCGUGUCACCUCGGCAGCUUACGUCACCCUCGGUGCUGUGCUUACACCCGGUGUCGCACAGCAUUUUUGCAGGUAGUGCGUCCCGGCUGCUACUUCGGCCAGUUCAAACAGGGUGUUGAAUUCACAUUAUGCCAGUGAAAUCUCACGUUAUAAGCUCAAGGCACGGAUACAAGCCAGGAGAGGUCAGAUGUGUAAUUUUUUUCUAUAAAUAGGACAAAAGAACAUGUAUAUUUUUGAAGUCGGCAGGAAAGCAAGACUAGUCCAGCAAAGAGGAUGAGGUGCAGGGUUUUCGUCCAUAACCGCAAAAGAGAUUUUGACAUAGGAUUAUUGUAUAUUUUUCUAUUAGCAAAGAUAGUCAGGAGGAGGAUUUUGGAGAUAAUCUUUUGUAUAUUUUAUAUAUGGGCGGGGAGGGGCUUAGCUGGACAGUCACGGGGCCACAAAAAACGCUUUUCCUCCCAGCUGUUUAUCGCAAAACAACAGAUAAUCUAUUUUCGAUUUCACUGAGCUGGUUAGGCGUGGGAGUAACAGAGAAUGUAUCACGGUUGAAUCAGGUAUUUCACUUGCUGCGAGAAGAGGCGGGGUAUCUUAGUAACGAUUGUUCUCGGCGGGGGCAGUUUGGGCGAUGGCAGGGGGAAGACGGUGAAACAAAAAUUGUACAGUUUUAAGACAUUUUUGUGUUCGUUUGUUUCCUUUGUGGGCUCGUUAAAACACUUGAUUUGUUAUCUUCUAUUUGAUUCCGUGUCUGAUUCUUUUAAAUAGUCGCAGGGCUUUUAUUUUUGAAGGAAAAGGAGAAAAAGAGAGAGGAAAACAGGAAGUAAUUAGCCAUCAGAACAGCUGGAUGUGAGCAGAUGUUUGAAAAUAAAAAAGGUGAGAAUUUCGCUGGCAGGUUUGCUUUUAGUUUGGUGUCUUGCUCGCACACGAACACAAACUCAGAGUGACAGACAACAAUAACACAACAGUCUUUCUCUGUUUACUCCUUGAUUUGUCCAGGAUGUGCAAAAAUGAAAUACUAACUGGUUUAGGGUUGAUUUGCCCAGAUUGAACAGUGACUGAGACAUUCAGCAUGCAGACACACAACAAACACCCGGACACACACAGUCCUUACCCAGGUUUGAACCCUUGUUGUUGUUGUUGAUGUUGUAAUGGACUUCUAUGGUGCUGAUCUGAUCUGAUCCUUCACCUGACACACACACACACACACACACACACACACACACACACACACACACACACACACACACACACACACACACACACACACACACACACUGACAUAAAUCCUAAUUACACACAUGCAAACACCUCCACCAUUUCAAACACAGUACUGAACUGCCUAUACCCUUUCUUUGUCUUUUAUUCCUUCAUUUUAGUUAAUUUUUUUUCUUGCUUUUGUUGCAUAUUGUAUCGAUAAAUCGUAUAUAGAUUUACACACAAACACUUGUCUAUACCUCUCCUUCAGACUUUACCCAAUGAGAUACAAGACAUGCACCCUACUGCUACUGUACCAUACAACUGUACUAUUGAAUAUGAAACUAUUCUCUCACUAGAUAUAAAUAUAUAUAUGUAUAUGAUAUAUGCUUGAAUUAUGUGAUUAUAGUUGUAAUAUACAUAAUUGAAUAUAUUACAGAAAAUCCCAAUGGAAUCAUUUUGUCAGUUUUUCUCAGGUGUUUUUGUCUGAGGUAUUAAAUACACAUAUUAAAAAAAACACAAAAAAAGUCUUGGAUCACAGAGUUUGUGGUUUGAUUGAUUUUGUUUGCCGGGGGGAUUAUAUUUGAUUUUUGUUUGUGGAAAGCAUUUCCAAGCUGUUUGGUUUCAUUGUUAUGAUUCAGUUGAACGGGCUGUUCGAUAGAAAACUUUCCCCGAAGACGAAGACCAACUGGCCGUUCAUUAAGCCCCACCCCCUUAAGUCACUGUUGCUAUGUGUUCAGUUCUAAAGCUUCACAAACACAUUUCAUCAUGACAACCUUAGCUUUAGCUAGCUAGCUAACAUCUCUUCAAUCACUCUGAUCUCAUUGAAGGAAGCCCAGCCACUAUUGUGAUAUUGGAUUCGUUUUUAGAGAUAACAAAGCUAGUUUAUUUUUCAUAACGGGUUAGCGUGUAAGUUGUAGCUACCCAGCUAAGUCUAAGUUUAAGUAUGUAGGACAUUUUCCAAAUGGUCUUAAAUAUGCAUUUAAGGGUAUCUCUUUUACUUUAGCGUGAUGCACACCUCUUAACAUGCUAAGAAAUCCAAAACCGAUCGAUAAGCAAUGAUUGGACAGUCAAUCUUUGGGGGAGGGGUUUACUGAAUGGUCAAUUUAAAGCUUUUGUGUCUUUGCUUAGAGUUGGCGACUAAUUGAAAUUGUUUUUCCCUAUUAUCUGAUAUAAAGCCAGAGUUGCUAGUAUUAUGAUUGCUUGAUUGUUUUAUUCAGGGGAAGCUGUGAUUUGCUUCUCACCUAAAUCCCUUUUUGAUUUCCAAGAACAACUUUUACUUGAUUUCCCAUGAGCCUGUUUGCUGUUGAAACCUUCAACAGAGACUUAACUGAACCCCAGGUGUAUUGUAUUAUGGGAGCUGUAGUUCUAUCCUUGAUAUAAAUAUAUAUAUAUUUUGUUUUGUUUUGUUUACUUCAGUAUUUUCUUUUUGGGAAUAUGUUUCAACCUGAUCCACAGACACAAACGUUUGAAUAUAAUCCCUUGAAAAAAAGUCUCUGAGCUUCUUACACUUCCAUCCGUUGAUGGAAGAAGAAAGCCAUGUGUUUUUUCUUUUUGAUAUCUGGGAUUUUUGGAUUUCUCACAGACAUUUUAGAAACUUUUUGACAGUGCUAUUUUUCUAUGUAAUUGUGUUGUUGAGCGUGUUGCAACUUAUUUUGGUGGUCGAGGCCUACUUUUCACGUGGUGGCAAUUACGUACGAUAAAACACAGCAUUGCGGGUAAUAAUGACAUCAAUGAUAAUAAUGAUAAUAAUAAUAAUAAUAAUGUACACAGCCUUGUUAUUUCUCCUUCAAUUUUGUGGAUUACCAGCUAUCUUCUCCAUGUUGUGACUGACUGUUAUGAACUACAAGUCCCAUGAGUGCAACACUACCCUGACUCCUCACCCAUAUUGUGUGCUGUCCACAGGGAUGAUGGCGUUUUUCCCUCCAAACACCAAUAAAGGCUUAUCCUUACUCACUGA